AUGGCUGAAAGAGCAGCAAGUAAACCUGCUGAUGUCGAUAAAGCGCUACACAUGGCAGCUGGAAAUGGUCAUCUUGAGUUAGUUAAGUUUAACAUCCGUAGAGGAGCAAAAAUUGAAACAUGUGAUAAUAGUGGUGGGACACCACUUUUUAUUGCAUCAAGCAAUGGUAAACUGGAUGUAGUUCAGUAUCUCGUUGAUCAAGGAGCACAGGUUGAUAAGGGCACUAGUACUGGUUUGACACCACUUCAUGGGGCAUCACUGUUAGGUCAUCUUGAUGUAAUUGAGUAUCUCAUUGGUAAAGGAGCACAAAUUGAUAAGCCUAAAAACGAUGGUAUGACGGCACUUAUCAUUGCAUCAAGUAAAGGUCAUCUUAACUUAGUUGAGUACCUUGUUGGUCAAGGAGCACAGGUAGAGAGGGGCAAUAAAGAUGGUCAUACACCUCUUUACUGGGCAUCAUAUGACGGUCGUCUUGACGUAGUUGAGUAUCUCGUUGGUCAAGGAGCACAGCUUAACAGGGGCGAUAAGGAUGGUGAUACACCACUCCAUGCUUCAUCACAGAAUGGUAAACUUGAUGUAGUUCAGUACCUUGUUAGUCAAGGAUCACAGGUUGAGAGGGGUAAUAAUAAUGGUAUGACAUCACUUCAUCUUGCAUCAUACUAUGGUUCUAUUGAUGUAGUUCAGUAUCUCGUUGGCCAAAAAGCAAAGAUUGAUAAGCUUAAUAAUAAUAAUAUGUCACCUCUUUACUUGGCAUCAUCUCAAGGUCAUCGUGACGUAGUUCAGCACCUCGUUGAUCAAGGAGCACAUGUUGAGGGGGGCAAUAAUGCUUGUGACACACCACUUCUUGUUGCAUCAGCCAAUGGUCAUCUUCAUGUAGUUAAGUAUCUCAUAGGUCACAAAGCACUUGUUGAUAAACCUAAUGUUAGUGGUAAGACGCCCAUUUUCGGUGCAUCACAUGAAGGUCGUCUUGACGUAGUUCAAUAUCUCGUUGGUCAAGGAGCACAGAUUGAUCGAAUCGAUAAAGAUGGUGUAACACCACUUCAUACUGCAUCAUGUCAUGGUCAUCUCGGUGUAGUUCGGUACCUUGUUAGUCAAGGAGCACAGUUUGAGAGGAGCACUAAAGCUGGUCAGACACCACUUUUUGUUGCAUCAGGCAAUGGUCAUCUUGAUGUAGUUCAGUUUCUAAGGAGUGUACAAGCACAGAGGAAAGGAGCAUCUCCUGAAGGUUCUGCAAGAGUUACAGAUGACUCCACUGCGAAGGCAUCAAUGAAUUUCAACGUCGUUACUGAUGACAUUGUUAAUCAGGAAGAUGCAGAGAAGGAGCUGAAUGAACAUAUCAAUACCUUGUCAGAAGAACUCGGUAUUAAUCAUUUCGACCUGUUUUGUGAAGCCAUUGGCUUUGAUCUGGAGCAUUGUAAGAACCUCUUAGACUUGAACAAGUUUGAUUACUCUGUAACCUACAAGCAACUACUCAGCAAAUGGAAAUUAGGAAAGACCCUGGAAGACACGAAGGACGUGUAUAAGUUACUGGAGAAAUACGGAAUAAUAUUAAAAUUCAAGUACAAAAGGUUUUAA